AUGUUUUGCCCGGGUGUUCAACACGUGGGUCCUUUCAUGAAAAAUGAAGAAAACGUGAUUGACGUGGAUGAAGUCAUAUUUGUUCAUGAUAAAGCACCGUGUAUGAAACCAAAUAUGACUCAACAAUUGAUACAAGACAACAAUAUCAAGUUUUGGGGUAACAAUAUUUGGGCCGGAAAUUCACCUGAUCUAAACGUAGCUGAACACAUGGGAACAAUAAUCAAAGAUGAAGUUGAGAAAAGAAUGCUGUCAGAGACUGGAAGUGAUCGGUAUAGCGAAGAAACAUUGAAAAACCAUAUCAUCGAUAUUUUGCAAAACAUGGAGACAGACACAGAACUUUUUGAAAACCUUUUAUGUUCAUACCUCUCAAGAUUACGUGCUGUGAAAAAAGCGAACGGUGAUCACACAGAUUAUUGA